AUGCAAGCCCGAAUUGAGGAACAGGAUAAAGAGAUUCAACAGUUAUGUCAGCAGGGUGAUCCUGCAAUGCCUGCUCCAGAAAUUCCAGUGGCACUUGCCUCUGCUGUCCAGGCCGAACCAGUGGUGGCAGUAAAUCGGAUGGAACCCCUGCAUGAAAGGAGGGAGGAAAAUCGGUUUUUCAGCUUAUCGUUUUGUGUAAGGGCAAAGCUAAAGCUGAGGAAUCAUGAGGACGAGCAGAUGAAGAUUGUUUUAAAUUCCAAUAAAGUUGUUCUGGUUGAGUUCUUUGCCCCGUGGUGCGGACAUUGUCAAGCAUUAACACCUAUAUGGGAGAGGGCAGCUACUGUCUUGAAGGGUGUGGUUGGUGUGGCAGCUCUUGAUGCUGAUGAACACAAGUCAUUUGCUCAAGUUAUUGUUGUAAAGAUGGUUAAUUAA